AUGAAAACUACUUUGGAAUAUCUUUGUACUUUAAUUGCAGAUGAUGAUGAAGUCUCAAUGAGGAUAAGGUCUGUAAUAUUACAACUUUUAGCUGACUUUACUCAGUGGAGCUGUGACUACAAUGAUGCAAACAUGAAAAUUGAGGCCUCAACUUUAGUACUAUCAAAGCUACAAAAACUUGAAGAGGGUGUUGUAGCCAACAAGGAUCAGUUCAGUGAGUUUGUGUCCAUAGAAAGCGAGUUAACAAGCCAACUAGUUCAUUUGGAAGAAAGAAUGAAAGAGCUACAAGAGCAAAUUAGUGUCAUUAACGAGAACAUUUCAAUCUCUGAAGUGGCUAGGGACGCUGCAGUUAGAAAGAAAAGAGAAACUUUUGAGGAAGGAAGAGAGUUGAAAGCUCAAAGAGAUGAGUUGAGGAAGCGAAGGUUGCGCUUGAGAGUAGAACAAGAAUUAGCCAAAGCCACCAAAGGAUACAUUGAGGAUGAGUGGUCAAAGAUUGGAAAGAAAUUUGAUAAAAUCAUUUUUUUUCACUGA